AUGGACAGAGUCACCAGGCACUUGGUCUUCCAGCUCCCGCAGACGUACAGCGAUGCUCACCAAGCCGGCUCGUUUGCCGAGCAGAGGGCCGACAGCGACGACGACGUAUUUGGCUCUGCUCAACACAGCAGUCAGAGGGUGGAAAACAGCUAUGGCUGGAAAAUGAGGUCGAAGUCACCCUCGUACUUCCUGGAUGGUGGAAGAGAUGUCUGGACCCCGUCCCCGGACAGGGAGUCCAAGCUGGAGGUGGUGAGGUCAGGAAGCUUGUACGACCUCAGAGUUUACAGAGGCGAGAGGAAGCCCUCGAAGCUUUACGAUGAGGAUGAGCAGGAACAGUACAGGGUUCCUCCACCAAACAUCUCACCCCAGAAAGCCAGGGAGCUUGAGGACGAGAGGAGGGAGGUCAUCCGGAACCAGGUGGUGAGGAAGAGCUCCACCAUAGCUGAGAAGUGGAGCUCCAUGGAUGAGCUGAGCUCCAUAAACGCUGGCGCGGGUGGCCAGGGCGAAGGCAGGCACGCGGGUGGCUCCACCACCGGCUUUGCCAUUUGCUUUGACAAGCCUUCCUCGGGGAGGGCGGUGACGGCUGUCGACCCUGAAAAUAUCGACACAGAGCAGAUCAACUUCUCCGCUGCUCGGCAGCAGUUCCUGAUGCUGGAAAAGACCAGCCCAGGCUCUCUCUUCAGCCCAGGGCAACAGGCCAUGUCUCCAAAGCCAGAGUCAAUGACAAAAGUCUCUAGGCAAGAGUGGCCCAGUCCCGAGAUGGCCACGAAGGCUGCGAGAGGUUACGGCAAUGCUGGCACGUCCACCCAUGGCAGGACGGACAAGACCGAUUAUCAGGUUUAUAGUGUGUCCUACAAGACACCCGUGAAGGAGGAGGUUUAUGCUCCCAGAAGGGCUGAUACUGAAAGGUCGUGUUCCACCAGGAAGAUGUCCAGCUUUACUAAAGCAUCUUCCAGAGAUGACCUGGACUCUGGCUUGGGCGACAUGUAUAACGAAGCCAGUGCAGGCUACACCAGCAACGGCAGCACGUUCAGCGAGAUCUACAGUGGCCUUGUGGAUCUGAGGGCUGGCAGCAAUGGCCUGGACAAGGAGACAAAGACCAGCAAUGAGACGCCCAUCGAGCGGGAGAUCCGCAUGGCGAUGGAGAGGGAGGAUAACCUCUGGAAGGAGAGGGGGAUCCAGCGGCCGACGUCCAGCAGCGAGGUGGUGGAGAUCCAGACCAAGCCUCUCCUCUCCAUGCAAACAUCUCCUGUCCCAGGCAGGAAAGGGAAGGACAAAGGCCGCGCUUCCCUUUACGUCCAGAGGGAAAUCGAGCAGGAAACGAAGCGUGAGGAAGAUCUGAAGAAGCAAGGGAGGCUGCUGGGCAUGUAUGACAAGGGGACGCAGCAGGAGCUGGACAAGCGCAGGAGGGUGUUCGAGCAGGAGGAAGCCCCCCCGCAGAAGCCCACCCCCACGAGGAAGGCAGAUGAGCAGAGGAGCUGGAUUAAUGAAUUUGCGGUGGAGCAGCCCACGAGCCACGGCCCAAGCCCUGCAGAAGACACCAGGGGUGGGAGAAGCCUGCCCAGCUACACAGUGAGCAUCACACACUUCCAGAUGUCCCAGCCACGCUUCACCACCAGCGAGAGGAGCCAGGAGCAGCCCACGGUGUCCCAGCGCGUUUCCGCCCGUGCCAGCAAAUGGGGGAGCGAGGAUUCCCAGGGAGGAAGGCUUCCCAGCUCCACCCCCAGCCCCGCCAGCACGGCUGUCCUGCCCAGAGAGUACUUCUCCAUCUCCUUCUGGAAGCCCAAGAUCUCCUUCGUGGACGACAUGGGGACGCAAAGCCCGCUCGGGAGGGAGGACGGCCGGGAGGAGCAGUACAAGCUGAGGACCUGGAAGCCCCAGACGCUGGCGCUGAUCGAGAAGGAGAUCCAGAGCGACUUGCAGAGGGAAGAGGAGCUGCAGGAGCAGCGGCGGCGGCGGCAGCUGAUAGACGGCUGCUCCCUGGUCAGCAGCGACGGCGAUGCCCGGGAGGGCUCCCGCUCACGGCACAGCUCCGCGCUGGGAGGCCGGGCAGUACGUCAGGGACGAGGACUGAGCGGGCCCUCGCGCCGACGACUCCGCCGUGCGCGCGCCCUGCUUGGCAUCAGCCGAUGCACGGUCGAAAUCCCGGACCGGUUCAGCUCCCGGUCAUCCUCCGAAUCAGAGACUCGUACGCUGCGAGUCGUGCCCGUCUAA